AUGUUGCUUGCUGCAGUGGUUCUACAUUGUAAUAAUCAGAGCUGUUACGUCUCGAGACAACAUCUCGUCUCGAGACAAGCUCUAAACUGUUUUGAUUACGACAUAAUCAAGAUAUUCACAUCAGCAAUAAAAAUUCAACUGAAAUCUGAUUUUUUUUUUAAUUUUCAUUGGUUUAUUCAAAUUUUGAGGUUUCGGUCAUGGUCUCGUUUUCGUCUCGAAUUUUUCGUCUUGUCCUCGGAUGUCUCAGACAUGCUCUUUGAAUGUCUCGUCUCGCUCUUGUCUUCAGCUCUCAAUGUCUUUGUCUUGCCUUGUUUUUUAAAAAUACUGUCCGGUCACAGCCCUGGUAGUAAUGCAUAUUUCAGAGGCUCUUUUCUUUCAAAUUUGCGCUCUCAAAUUCAUCUUAAAGACAAGAAAAAAAUGAUGUCUGCAAUCGAAGUGAAGUGCGAAUGCAAGUAA